AUGAUAUCACGUUUACUGGGGCUGAUAUGGCUAUUUUCUCGCGUUUUUGCACAAGAUGAUGAUGCAUCUCCAACAGUCAUUGGAAUAAACUAUGGAUCAACAACGAAGUUAAUGACAAUCACAACGCCUACCGGUACUGCAACUAGUACACCUACCAGGUCGUCUGCAAGUACAAACAUAAAUACAAAUACAGCACCCUCGGCUUCAUCUACCCACAUCACUCGAAUAGUAAUUCUAAUAGUAACAGCCGUCGUAUGCAUACCCUGCGGACUAAUUUUGCGAAGAUAUAGACGACAAGGCUAUUUCUUUAGACCUCCAAAAAAACCAGAACGAAAACCAAAUGAUACACAUCUUGGGAUUGCAGAGUUGCCACAAGGUAGAUAUCACGAGACGACGGAAUUGAUGGUGGAGGAUUCGCCGGGGGAAAUGGGAUUGGGUGGGCAUCAUGAGAUGCUUGAGAUGGAGGGUUCUCUUUUACAGCCGAAGGAGAUGCCGGCGACGGGAUCGACGUGUAUGAAGUGGGGGACUACGAGCCCAGAGAUUCAAGGGUUUGAGAGGAAAAGAGGGAGUAUGGUGGUUUUGCCCUGUUGA